UGUCAGUGUUUGUUUUCGGCAUUUAUUUUUCUUGUGUACUCAUCGCACUGAACUGCCUUCGAAUAAUUUAUUUCUCAUUUGAAAACGUUUUAAUAUUAUGAUACAUAAUGGACGCUGUAUUUGAUAUAUGUUAUUUAGCAACAGAUGGUAACAACAUUGAGCCUGAUGAUAUUCCUAAGACAAAGGAUUACGUUUGGGUCUUGGGUAAAAAAUAUAGUGCUAUUCAAGAUUUGGAUCGUAUCAGACGGGACAUUACAUCCAUAAUAUGGUGUACGUAUCGAAAAGGGUUUGUACCUAUAGGAGACGAAGGACUAACAUCAGAUAAAGGUUGGGGUUGCAUGUUGCGCUGCGGACAGAUGGUCCUUGGAGUAGCCCUCGUCAGAAUACACUUAGCUUCAGAUUGGGUAUGGACCCCAGAAACAAGGGAUCCCACUUAUCUGAAAAUAGUUCAAAGAUUUGAAGAAAGAAAGCAAGCUCCAUACUCUAUCCACCAAGUGGCACUGAUGGGGGCAUCCGAGGGCAAAGAAGUUGGAGAGUGGUUUGGCCCAAACACUGUAGCACAAGUUCUGAAGAAAUUGGUGGUGUAUGACAAAUGGAGCUCACUUGCGAUACAUGUGGCUUUAGAUAAUACUGUUGUCACGGAAGACAUACUACAACAAUGUGUAGUCAAGAAUGACAGAGGGGACUGCUCGAGCUCUCCUGACAGUGUAGUUACCGACUGGAUGCCUUUGUUAUUGAUUGUGCCUCUGAGACUUGGCCUCAGUGAAAUAAACCCAGUUUACAUUGAAGGACUGAAGAUAUGCUUCCAAUCACCACAGUCUAUUGGUGUGAUAGGUGGCAAACCCAACCAAGCUUUGUACCUGAUAGGAUGUGUGGCAGAUGAAGUCAUAUACUUAGAUCCACACACUACCCAGCGCUCAGGACUGGUUGAAACCAAAAUUACUGAUGACCAAAAAGAGAUGGACUGCUCAUAUCAUUGCAAAUAUGCAUCUCGUAUCCCAAUGCUUGCAAUGGACCCUUCAGUGGCUGUGUGUUUCCUGUGCCGAACAAGAAGUGACUUCGAUGAAUUGUGUGCCACAAUACAGCAAAAGCUAAUGAAGGAGACUCAACCCCUUUUCGAACUAUGUGAGAAGAGGCCGUCACACUGGGGUCCCAGCACUGCUGAUAUAGAUUUACAAAACACAAGCCUAUUUACUGAAUUUGAAGAUGUGGACCGUCAAUUUGAUGAUUCAGAUGAAGAAUUUGAAAUUCUAUGAGAGGAGUCUGAUAUACAUGUAGAAGACUAUAAUGUUUUACAAGAAAAAUCACAAGGACUUGAUAUUACUAUGCUAGAGGAAUAAUAGGCUAGUUAUAUUGUCGCCAUCUAGCGUAAGCUUUUUAAGGUUUUAUAUAGAUCCCAGAUAGCCGCAUAAUUUAUUUGUAAUAAAUGAAUUCAUAUUUGUACCUUCAA